UUGUUAAUUUAAUUAACCAAGCCAAACAGGCUCGGACUGAGGAGGAAAAAUCAGCCGUUCGGCAAAAAAUUUCCGAAUUGGAAAAUAGGGAAAUACCAAAUACUAAUUCGCCCUCCUCUGACAACAAAGAACCCAACAACCAUUUACCAUUAACUAUUUUUCUAGUAGUGGUGAUUAGUGGAAUAGCGAUUAUUGCUGGCUGA